AUGAGCGGAUUCGAAAUUGUUGGUGUCGUGCUCGGAGGCAUCCCUAUCGUUCUAGAGGCAUACAAUCGAUACCAGGCGGUUUCGACAACACUCACGAGCACUCUCUCGACCGUAACACAAGACGCGGAAAAGGCGAGGAGUUUGAUCUCCGGUGAUGGAAACUGGGAUGCUCUAGGCCUUGAAGGAUUGGACCUCACAAGGUUGGAGACUAUGCGAGACGCUUUGGAUAGCUGGAAGGACACUUUGGAUGUGAUCCAUGAUAGCCUACAAGCGAUCUGUUCUGAGAUUGAUAGUUUUCGUGUCUCGCCUUGCACGAAGCCGACUAAGAUUUUGUCCAUGGAAAUAUUGCGAAAACAGUUCAAACUAUUUGUCAAAAAAGACACUAUGCAGGAAGCCAUCGAGGACCUUCGGAAUUUCACUGCCGACUUUAAUCGAAUCACGUCUCAAAUAAUAGACGAACUGAAAGAUCCAGGACUUGGGAACUCGUCUUUAGAUCGAAUCUCAGCUCGUAUAAAGCCCAGCUGUUGGAAUAGCCUUAAGAUGUACCAGCAAAUAAGAGCGGCGUCGUCUAGCCUAUACGAAGCACUGGCACUAAGGUGGCCCUGUGCUUUGCACCAACGACACAUGGCUAGCAUUGCUUUCCAAGAAGGCUACAGAGCUCCUGAACUGGGAAAGGGCAUCAAAUUCGAAGCCGUUGUGACUCCGUCGGAAUCCGAGGCAUUCCCACUUUGGCUUGAGAUUGAGUGCAUCAAUGAUACAAGAACAUCCCAGCCCACCAUACCUUCUGUCACACAAUUAGAGGAUGAUAAGGCCUGGGUGACUGUUGUUGAUACGUUGAACAAGCAUUCGCAGGCUAUGGUUCUUGACUCGACGAAAGGAAAGCCUAAAAAGCUUACCAAACAACAAAUACCAUCUCAGAUGCCUAAAACACCGAAGGUAGCAAACGUUGUGCCAGUACAGAUACUUUCUUGGAACCCGAAAAUCCCGGAAAAACAAGAUACUGCAAACUCAGACGAGACCCCAUUGACCAACAUGGAAAUCAUCGGCGAUAUCUGUCACCACUUCCAGACAACCCACUAA